AUGCCGCGUUUCAUAAAUGAAAUCAGAGGAAAGGAUGGUACUAACUACCCACCAAAUACCCUUACGAAUAUUGCAGCAGGAAUUCAGCGUUAUUUAAGAGAGGAAUGCAACCGUCCUACUGUUAAUUUUCUAAAGAAAGAUGACCUCACCUUUGAUUUCUUUAGGAAAAGUUUAGAUUCAAGGAUGAAAGAAUUAACGAAUAUGGGCGUGGGCACAAAAGUGAACCGAGCAGAUCCUGUCUUGCUCCAAGAUGAAGAACAGCUAUGGAAAUCCGGGGUUCUGAACCAAAACACCGCUCAAGGGCUUUCAAAUUGUGUAUUUUUCUACAAUUGCAAACUGAGACCUGUAAGGUUCCUGGAAGGAAAUGUUCUUAAAUUCAGUUCACAAGUAAUCGGUGAAAAGAAAUUGGGUGGAAUGUUGAAAAAUCUGUUUUCUGAAGCUGGAAUUGACACAACUGGAAGGAAAAUUACAAAUCAUUCGGGUAAAGUAGGCUGUUGCACAUCUCUAUUUAAUAGCGGUUUUGAUGACCAAACUGUUCGAUCUAGAAGCGGUCACAGGAGUUCAGCAGUUGAACUAUACAAACGCCCGCUAAAAGAUCUCCAGCUUAAAGUGUCUAAUGCCUUGAAUGCACCGAUGGUGAAAGAUGACAGUGAUAAGGAAAACUCUGAUUAG